CUCGAACUCAAGAGAGUAUAAAGGCAAGGUGGAGAAUUAGAGCAGAACACACAAGGUUGGACAAGACACUGCAAACACGGAUCUGAGGUACAUAGAGAAUGUAAUGAAAGACUCAGAAAGUGGGAUGAUGGAGAAGAAAGAGACCCUUAUUUCCAAUAGUAAUAAGACUGAGCAUGGCAACCAAGAUGUUGAUUAUGGCACUGCUCUCCAACUCUUUCUUGAUCACAUCCCCAUCAGCUCCAUUCCUGGCAUCAAAAACUCAUCUGUUUUGGAAUUGAGAACUGGGGAUAGUGUGAGGGAUGCAAUACAUAUGUUGUACGAGAAGGAUGUGUUUGGUGCUCCCAUUGCUGAUGUCUUAGACCUUGAUGAGAGCACUAGUGCCACCAGAAGAUUUUCGGAUAAGUACAUUGGUUUCAUUGAUUUUGCAAGCAUGGUUCUCUGGUGUCUUGAGGAAUUGGAAAUGGAAGAAAGGCAUACAAAUGGCAAUGGAGGUAAAGAGAUUAAGAAGAAUGGUUUCACCACCAUGCUAGAACAAAAUCCUGACAUUGGCCAAACCAAGGUCAGCGAGCUAGCCAAAUCAUUCCUGUGGGAUCCAUUUUUCCCUGUACAGUUAGAUGAAACACUCUUUCAUGUCCUGUUGCUUCUUUCAAAACAUCGAGUGCAAGUUGUUCCUAUUAUAGAGCGGUCCAAUUCUAAUGUCAUUGGUUUCAUUACACAGAAUGCAGUCAUCCAAUUGCUUCUUAAAUCAAGUGGACUAGAGUGGUUUGAUAGCAUUGCAGACAAGGCUUUAUCAGAGAUCAGAUUUGAGAAUGAAGAGCAUGUUGUUUAUGUAUAUGGGGACCAAAGUAUAGCAGAAGCCCUUCACGCUCUGCGGGAAAGCCAAAUUGGUGCCAUUGCUGUAAUAAAUCGAGGAAGUAAGAAGCUCAUUGGUAGCAUAAGGAGAAGUGACAUUCAUCUUAUUAUACAGAAUGACAAUCUUCUUCAUAAUAGAAAGAACCUAACUGCAGAGGAGUUCGUUCACAUGGAGACCAAUAGUGAAGACUUUGAUCCAUCGAUUGAACAAGACCUUGGGGCUCUUUUAUCAUCAGGAACACUCUGUCUAAGAAACCGUUUUCUGCCAAGAAUGGACUCACCAGUUACCAACAAGAAAACUGACACUCUCAAGCAAGUGAUGAAAAACAUUGCAGAGACAAAAAGUAGUUUCAGUUUUCUAAUUGACGAUAUGCAGCAAGCAACGGGUGUGCUGACAUUGAGGGACAUAAUCAUUCAGUUUGCUCCACCAUGUAUAGAUUCGAGCAUACAUGGAGGUGGAUUUUUUGAAUCUGCUCUACAACAAACUGGGUGUCAUGUUGAAAAUGGAACUUUAGCUUGUAAUCAUUGAUCUUUUGUAUUCAUUGUUUAAGUAAAAAACAAUUGAAUUUUUAGUCUUGGUUUAACUUUCUUGCAAAGCUAGAUGUACAAGUUCUACGCCUUCUUUUUUUUCCCAGUCAGAUUCAAGUUCUGAUAAUAAUACACUGAAGAGACAAGUUUGUAUGGAA